AUGGGGGCGAUGAAGCUGCUUCCGGUGCUGUUCGCAGUGGCUGCUGCGGCGCCCAAUGAAGUCGGACUCAGCCUGGCCAAGGCUUCCGGGACUUCAGCCAGCUCGCUGGAGGCCAAAGCGGAGGUGGCGCGUAUGACGGGAGAGCUGAUGGUCAAGCAGAAGCAGCUGGCUGCAGCCAAGCUUCGCGUGGAGCAGCUCACCAGCCAGGAGAGGUCCUUUUCCGUGCGGGCGGAGAGUCUCAGUGAGCAGGAGUCCAGGAUGGAAGAGAAAGCAAAUAUGAAUGGUGGCGCCACCUCGCAUCAAGCUAUCCUGGCAAAGGCAGAAGCGCAGGCUCAACAGCAGAAGAUGCUGAAAGGCCAAGCGGAGGCAAAGAGCCUGCAAGAGGAGAUCAAGGGCAAAAGCGAGCUGCUGAAGUCCAGCGAGGAGCAGCUGAGACGGGUGAAGCGCAAGGAGGAGGACUACAGCAACGGGGCACGGCUCGCCGUGUCGAAGAGCAACAAGCUGGAGAGGGACUUGAACGAAGCCCGCAUCGAGCUGGAGAAGGAGAAGGCGAGCCUCACCGAGCAGACGGAGAAGGCCGAGGUGGCCGAGGCUGACCGCGACUCCACGCGGCGCAUCCUGGAGAAGGAGGAGGCGGAGAAUGCAGCAGAGUCUGAGUGGCUGGCCGCACACAGAGGCCACCUGAAGUCCAUCAGCGAAACAAACAUCUCCACGGCGCAGCAGGAGUUUGAGAGUGCCAAGCAGAUGCUGAAGGAUGCGCGCCGCAAGACCAAGGAGCAGGCGGCGGCCGACGCGGAGGCCCUGAACACCCAACGCGGGCUCUUCCACACGUGGCAGGCCGCGUCGGCGGAGGCGCUCCGGCAGGCGGAAACCCAGCUCGAGGCUGCGAAGAAGGAGCAGCAACAGGCUUCACAGUCGGCCAGCCAUUUGCGGAGCACAGCAGCAGAUGCAUUUGCAGUGGAGAGGAUGGCGAAGGCCCAGGAGGGCCUCAAGCCCUUGAGCUCCAAGCUGGAACGCGAUGAAGAGCGGCUGCGCCAGCAGCAGCACCAGAACCAGGAAAGCUUCCAGGCAAUCUCCAAGAAGCGGUCCGAGUUGGAGACGGAGGCCCUGAAGGAAAAGUCGGCGCUGAAGUCUGAAUCUGAGCUGGAGGUGCGAGAGAUGGAAAGGGUGAAGAAGGAUGCACAGGAAGUAUGGCAGCAAGACAGGGCCAAAGAGACUGACAUGGAGAGGACGAUCAACAAGAUGCGUUCUGACCAAGAUCACGAGAAGCACCAGGUGGUAGAGACGGACUCCAAGCUGAAGGUGGCCAAGCGGAGGCUCCAGAAGGCCCAGCUGAAGCUUGAGAUGGCCGAGAAGGAGGCGGCGCAGGAGCAGCUGGACUAUGAGAAGAUGAUGUAUGAGGCCAACUCGAAGGCGGAGGAGAAGGCGCAGAAGGAGGUGGAGAAGCUGCAGAAGGAGUUUCAGGAGGUCCACGCCGACAAGAGUUCCAAGAUCACAGAGCUGAAUCACAAGCUGGAUGACCUCAAGAAGGCCAAACUGAGAGGGGCCUAG